AUGGCUACCGCUUUAAAACCCCACACCCAAAUCGACGUCAAGCCACAAAAGUCUCCGUUUUUCUUCGAUACCGUCGAGAAUUUCGAGCAAGAACCUCAGAGGUUGUCCUUCUUUAAAUCCCGUUCCCGGCGGAUCGCCCGCGAUACUUGGGUCGUUUCCCUUUUCGUACUCCUCCAGAUCGUCGUCUUUGCAGCCACUAUGGUGAUCAACGACUGCUGGACCAACUCCCAUGGCGAUUGCUCCGUCAAAUUGCUCGGCAGGUUAUCGUUUCAGCCUCUCUCCGAAAACCCCCUGCUCGGUCCGGCCGCUUCUACGUUAGAUGAAAUGGGAGCUCUUCGGCAGAAAUUUUUGGUCAAGAAUCAGCUCAGCUAUCGUCUUUUCACGAGUCCAUGGUUGCAUGCUGGAGCCCUUCACCUUCUAAUCAACCUCAGUAGUAUAAUUCUCGUUGGAAUUUACAUGGAGCAAGAAUUUGGGCCGAUGAGGAUUGGGAUGAUUUAUGUACUCUCUGCUUUUACGGGUAGCUUGUUUGCUGCACUCUUUGUUCAAAAUAGUCCUGCAGUUUGUUCAUCUGGUGGUUUAUUUGGAUUAAUCGGAGCUAUGCUUUCUGGGCUUCUUCGGAACUGGGAACUUUACAGCAAUAAGCUUGCGACUCUGGUGUUAAUUUUCUUGAUCUCCCUCUUUAAUUUGCUCCUGGGUUUGUUGCCAUACGUAGACAUCUUCUCAAACAUUGGAGGUUUCAUGUCAGGAUUUCUUCUGGGAUUUGUUCUGCUAUUCACUCCUCAGCUAACGCAAGUGUCUGAACAUAAAGCAGGUUUCUUUGAAUACAACAUAAAAAGCUCCAUCAAGUUGAAGGAGAGGCUGGAUAGACCUGUCCUGAGGAUUGUCUCUCUUUUUCUGUUUGGUAUUCUAGUUGCGGGAUGCAUCGUUGGCGUACUUGAAGGUAUCAACAUUAACCAGUACUGCAAUUGGUGUGAGUAUAUCAACUGUGUUCCUUCCAAGAGGUGGAGCUGCAAUGACAUAACAAGUUCUUGUGAGACAAUGGUGAGCAGUAGGCAGUUGACACUUACCUGCAUGGAUAAUGGCAAGUUCAAUAUUUUUCCUUUUACCAACAUUUCCCAAGCGAGGAUAGAGGAUUUGUGCACUCUGAUAUGUUCAUAA